AUGGUAAUGAUUCCAUCCAAAAAGAUUCGUAAUAAUCAAACAAGUAGCGUUCGUCGUGCCGACUCACUUCACCCUCGACUGUGGAAGACAGAUAUACUGUCUGCGUUUGCUAUUAAUGAGGCGAAUCAAUCUAGCAACUUCACGUACGAUGAAACGGUAAAACCUUUUCUGUUCGACUAUUUAUUAACUCUCACAAACAAAAUAGCUUAUUGUCUUUGUAAAACAAAUGUGAGGAUAUAAAAGAUCUGUAUUUACUGUGAAUUUAUCACCAGUAACGCUGGUCAGGUACUCUCGCUGAACACUCGGCUGAUUUUCUUCCCAUUGUACUCUUGUCAUUAGGACUACACAAAAGAUGUAACAACUCUCUCAUCUCGCAGUCGGUCGUCGGCGUCCCUCCGGUCCGC